AGAUGCUAAACUAAAAGGGUGAUUCGUGUUGGCAUGAAGAAGAGUUUAAAGUUACUGGAUACGACGCUAAAUCUCAGAACUAAUUUUGUUUCUUGCACGAGAAGAAUACUGAACUACAAGCAGAGAAGGAACAUCUGAAAUUUUGUUCUUGAAGAAUUAAUCGGUUGUAGAAAUGAGAGAAGAACCAAGCGAGAGAACGUUGGGUCUAACGCCAACAUGGUCUGUUGCUACAGUUUUGACUGUCUUUGUAGUUGUUUCUUUGAUCGUUGAGCGUUCCAUUCAUCGGCUUAGUAACUGGUUGCAAAAGACAAAGAGAAAACCUUUAUUUGCUGCAUUGGAGAAAAUGAAAGAAGAGCUGAUGCUGCUCGGAUUCAUAUCGCUUCUUCUUACCGCUACCUCUAGCACAAUAGCUAACAUCUGCGUCUCUUCAAGUUUCCACAACGAUAGAUUUGUCCCAUGCACCCGCUCUGAGAUUAAUGAGGAACUUGAAAGUACUAUUUCUUCUGUCAAGCGGACUAAGUUAACGAGAUCUCCCUUCUUCCACAUUAUGAGGAGAAGAUUGAGUGGCAUAGGCGAGAAUACGUGCAGCGAGGGACAUGAGCCAUUUCUUUCAUAUGAAGGCAUGGAACAAUUGCAUCGCUUCAUAUUUAUAAUGGCAGUCACACAUGUAACUUACAGUUGCUUGACAAUGCUUCUUGCAAUCGUGAAGAUUCAUAGAUGGAGGAUCUGGGAAGACGAGGCUCAUAUGGACCGAAAUGAUAGCUUAACCGUGGUCGCACGAGAAAAGAUUUUCCGAAGGCAAACAACAUUUGUCCAAUAUCAUACAUCUGCUCCCCUGGUCAAGAAUAGAUUACUAAUAUGGGUGAUAUGUUUCUUCCGACAGUUUGGACACUCUGUUGUUCGUUCUGACUAUCUUACACUCCGCAAGGGAUUCAUCAUGAACCAUCACCUAACAUUGACAUACGAUUUCCAUAGCUAUAUGAUUCGCUCUAUGGAGGAAGAGUUCCAAAAGAUUGUUGGCGUCAGUGGGCCACUUUGGGGGUUUGUAGUUGGUUUCAUGCUUUUCAACGUAAAAGGAUCAAAUCUUUAUUUCUGGCUAGCAAUCAUUCCAAUCACCCUAGUUCUUUUGGUUGGUGCAAAGCUGCAACAUGUAAUCGCAACAUUAGCAUUGGAGAACGCUGGGAUAACAGAAUAUGCGUCCGGUGUUAAGCUGAGACCUCGCGAUGAACUUUUCUGGUUCAAGAAACCAGAAUUAUUAUUAUCCCUUAUCCACUUCAUUCAGUUUCAGAACGCUUUUGAACUGGCUUCCUUCUUCUGGUUUUGGUGGCAAUUUGGUUACCAUUCUUGCUUCCUAAGGAAUCAUUUAUUUGUCUACUUGCGACUUAUCCUAGGGUUUUCUGGACAAUUUCUAUGCAGCUACAGCACACUGCCCCUCUAUGCACUUGUCACUCAGAUGGGAACGAACUACAAGGCCGCAUUGUUACCUCAAAGGGUAAGAGAGACAAUUAACGGUUGGGGAAAAGCAACAAGAAGGAAAAGAAGACAUGGGUUAUAUGGAGAUGAUUCAACUGUUCGAACAGAAACAAGCACAAUUGCAUCUGUUGAAGAAUACAAUGACCAGGUGCUUGAUGUUUCCGAACCCUCUCUAGUUCAAAGUAAUGAGCUCGAGCUUCAGCUUAUUCGACAACGGGGAGCUUAUGGAAAUUCUAGUAGUGUUGAAACACCGAUAUUGCGACCUUGGGCUUCAAUAUCUUCAACAACUUUCUCAAGGCUGCACACAGAAACAACAGAAUCACUCUCAAGAUCAUCCUCAUUGCCAAUGAGAAGAGAAUGUUAAGACUUAAGAUAGAAACAUGGUUAGUUGUUCGGUUUUCUAUAUUUCUUUCUCAACUCAGAUUUAAGAUAAGUAUAUGACUAUUUUUACUAUAGAUCAUAGGCAAUUAAAUCAUAUAGUAAAUAGAUGUAAGAAAAUGUUUCACAUAUAUCCUUCUUUCAUUCUUCAUUCAAAAGUUUUGGCAAGGUGCUUGUUAAAGAUCACUACAUAUUUUGUUAAUAUUCGAUGGUCUGGUCACCAUAAAUAUUUGUCUCUAAAACCAUAACAUUAUCAGUUCAUCGGUAUGCUUUAUAGGAAACUGGCAAGGCCUUCAAUAUGCGGUUGUUGGUGCUAGUUUUUUGUAGCUGAAUCCGAGCUCUAGACCGUCACUUCAAAGGGAAAUACCAAACUCAUUAGUCUUCGUUGGACUUAUGACAAUACCUUUAAUCUCUUCUUCAAUGAGUUGGUUUUCCGUAGCCACCGUAAAAUUUGGAUUUGGAAUAGGAAUUCGAAUCUUGAUGAUAGGAAAUGAGAAUUUGAUGGAAACGGUACCCCUAAUAGUCUUUGUAGGCGCAGAGUUUAUAUUGUCUUGUUUAUUUCCGAGACUCGAAUCUUUACCUGUUCCUAUGUAAAUGUGAUGCAUUUCUUGACUUUCAACCUCUCCCAAACCAAUAGUACUUGAAAUGUCUCUAGCUUCGGAAUUAGUAACCAAA